AUGUCGUCGUAUCGCGGCACGUCGGGCGCGUGGGACGGCGGGCCGCCGGGCGCGGAGGCCGAGUACGGCGCGCCCGCCCCCGCCCCGGCCCCGGCCGCCGCCCCGCUGCCCGCCACCGACCCCUGGACCGGCGUCAGCUACGGGCACUACGCCGCGCCCAGCGCCUACGACUACCAGCAGGCCUACGGACCUAACUACGGCUACAAUUAUGACCCUAGUUACUAUCAACGCCCCGACGGUGCCUACUAUGGAAAGUUUCCCGACCCCAGGCCGGCCUAUCCUCCCGCGACCCAAUCCAAUUAUGAUUAUCCGUCGCGUUCCCACGAACGGCCGCGAUCUCCCGUCGAAUCGCGUGGUUACGAUCACAGAAAGCCAUACAGAUCUAAAUCGAGAAGCGGUUCCCCCUCUGUGAGAGAGAGGAGGGAGAGAUCCUAUUCUAGAAAGCGAGACAGUAGCUAUGAAGAAGGUGUUAGACGUCACAGAUCGAGAAGUAGGUCUGUGAAAUCGAAGAGAUCUAAAUAUUCUUCUAGUGACCGCUCCAGUUCUAGAUCUAGAUCUUACUCACGAGCUUUAAUGAGAGAAGAUAAAAGGAAAAAAAGAUCUGUUUCUACAGACUCGUCAGUGUCGAGUGGAUCUUAUAAGAAACUAAUUAGCAGAAACCGUAACCGUUCCAUUACUCCUACAAAAAGAAGUAGAUCACAAUCUAGCCAUAGAUCGAGAACUCCGAGCAUUGAUAGAUCUCGCAGUAAAUCACCAAGACUGAAAGACAUUAGAGAUUCCAAAAAGAGUAAAAGUCAUUCCAAGAAGGAGAAAAGAAAGAAUAUUGAAGGGACACCUCCAUCAAAAGGUUUUAAUAAAUCUGUUAGGUCCUCGGUUACACCACCUAAGAGUUACAAGAGGUCACAGAAAUCUGUUACACCUUCAAAAAGUUCCAAGUACAAGGAUCGUAGCCCAGGAACUCCACCCAGGAAGGAAAGAAAUAACUCCUUGACUCCUCCAAAAAGCUAUGCCAGAAGUAGAUCUUCUAGUAGUUCCAAGUCUGGGUCUGUCACACCACGUCGCGAAAAGCGAAAAUUAUCUCAUUCCCCUAAAUUGAGGCAUUCUAGAUCUAGCUCACACUCUUCUAGCAAAUCGUCAAGAUCAUCAAGAAGCUCUUGUUCAACAUCUAGACGUAAAACAAAACGCACAGGUGGAUCCAAACGAAGAUCACGUUCCGAUAGUCGAUCAAAGCGUUCUUCUGUAAGUAGGUCACGUCGCAAGUCGAAGUCGAGAGAUCGCCGCGGUUCAAAGUCGAGAUCACGAUCGCACAGCUCACACUCGCGAAGCCGUAGUCACAGCAGAUCACCAAGUGACGACGAACGACGUGGGCAAUUCACUGUAGCUGACCGAAAAAGAUUUUGGAAACAGCGCAGGCAAGAGGAAAUGGGCAAGGAAAAAUCUCCUCCGAAGGAAGUUAAACCUCCCCCGGGUGCUGUAGAAGCAUCCCAUAUAGAUGACAUUCAAUACGGUGACCCACCAGAAGUGGAGGGUCCCAAUUUUGCUGAACUCCUACCACCAGUAGACAAAAUGUUGCCAGGAUGCUCCUCAUCAAAAUCUAAAGCUAUUCCUAUACCAAUAAAGAAUGAUGGUAGCUUUUUGGAAAUGUUCAAAAAGAUGCAAGAAGAAACAAAGAAACUGGAGGAAAAGAAACCUGAGAUCAAAAAGCCAGUUUUGCCGUUUAUAGGUAAACGGCGCGGUGGGCGUGUGUUAAAGACUGGCCUGGUCAAGAAAGCUAAAGCUAUUGAUGAGCAAACUGUUGAUAGCACGCCAAAAGACGCCUGGUCCCUCUACAUGCAAGAAGUCAAAAAGUACAGAGAGACCUCAUGCGAAGAGGAAAGAAAGACACGCCCUCUUGUCAAAUAA